AUGAAACAGGCGGACAAGGAGGAAAAUGAUGUGAAGCAACUCACUAAGGAGUCUACAGAUGAAAACUCGAAAAAGAACGUUAAGGAAUUCGACAAGACUUACGUAGCACCCGAUCCAGGAGAGGAUCUAGCAGCCUUGGAAGAAAAAUACAGUCACAUAUCGUCGUCGAAAUCAAGUGAAAAGAAGGAUAAUGGAAGUGAAAUUGAGAAGUGGAUCGACCAAGGUCAACAAGUGCUUCAACAGGGUGACGUCACCGGUCGCCCGCCGGCGCCUGCCGCCAACGAUUUAGAAGCCACCGUGUCUAUGCUGGCACAGGCCCUCAAGGAUCUCACAGCUUCCACCUGCAAACAAAACAAUAAUUUAAUUAGUCGUUUGAGUACACCGCGAGAACUACCUACCUUCUCCGGUGAUGCUAUGGAGUGGCUAAACUUCAAACAAUCCUUUGAUGAAUCUACAGAACUCUGUAAUUACAGCACUAAAGAAAAUAUGUGGCGGCAGCCGAAGUGCCUCGUCGGCGCGGCACGAGAAGCAGUAGCGGCGUUACUCACCAGCGGUUCGUCGCCCGACACCAUCAUGGCCACCCUCCAACUGCAAUUUGGAAACCCAGAAUUAAUCAUAAAUAAAAUCAUGAAUGAUAUCAAGAAGAUACCUGCAUUGCCUCAAGAUUAUAUUGGGGACAUCGUGAAAUUUUCAAUAAAAAUUAAAAACUUCAUGGCAGCAGUAAAAACGCUCAACCGAGAUGAGUACCUAAAAGGCGUCAGUAUUUGUACUAUCGUCUUAUCAAAGUUACCGACUGCGUUACUCACUAAGUGGUCUGAUUAUUAUUAUAAACAAAAAGAAAUUAAAGGCGACAUCAAGCUGAACAAGUUGGAAUUAUUAUCACAGUUCCUCUCAGAAGAAGCUACAAAAAUUACUGAAUCUGGUAUCAGUUUACUAAACAUGAAGCAAAUAAAUUACAGUGGUGAUAAAAGUGGAUUUAAACAACAUGCAGUUUGUACGACAAGUCAACAAACAGAAAAGUGCAAGUUUUGCAAGUUAUCCCCUCACAGCCUUAUUAAUUGUAGGCUAUUUAAAAAGUCAUUACGCAAAGAGCGAUGGAAGUUUGUGAGAAAUAACGGGAUUUGUUUUAAAUGCUUAUCAGCUGAUCAUGAUAAGGAAACCUGUCGAGCGCCGAUGUGCGACAAUGACGGCUGCGCACAGCCACACCAUGCACUACUUCAUUACCCUAUCAACAAAGAAGCCCCGAAGCAAGUUCACGCCGUGGAUGUUAUCGGUGAAGACAAGGAUGUGGACCAGGUGGAGUCUGAGGAAGACUCACAAUCCUCACAGCCCGAAAGUGAGCCCGUCUCUGAGAACAGUAUUGUGGCGAACGUCAGUGAUAAUAACAACAAAGUAUUUUUAAAAGUUGUUCGUGUCAAUGUUCACGGUCCUAAGGGUGUGAUCACAACGCACGCCUUUUUAGACGACGGGUCGGCAAUUUCAUUGAUUUCAGAAAAUGUGGUAAAUCACGUGGGGUUGACUGGGAAAACUCUAAAUUUACAUUUACGUGGUGCCUGGAACUCUGGAGAAAUCUUGUGCAAAUCGGAACUAGUGGACUUAAAAAUAUCAAACGUGGACAAUGAAUGUUUUGAAUUACGUGCUCGAAAAAUGUCGGAACUGAAUAUACCAGUGCAAAAGUUAUCUAAAAUAAACAUUAAAAACUAUGAACACUUAAGUGAAUUAAAUAACUACUAUUAUCAAAAUACGGAUGUGAAACCGGAACUAUUGAUCGGACAAGAUUAUUAUCACCUAAUUAAGCCUCUAAAAAUAAUUUCGCGUGAAUGGAACGAACCUUGUGCUACAUUGACUGUUUUGGGAUGGUGUGUGCACGGCCCUAUAAAUCAAUAGUACAUUAUUCAGCGCACUGCAAGCGACACCCUUUUCGUGUCUCACUCUCCCGCGCGCGCGCAUCGACGUUCUCUCUCGCUCCCACCUGGCAAGUUAGGCGCAUCACCUAUUGUUAAUGAAGCUGGCCGCCUUACCUACGAUAACAGCGGUCCGCCCCGCGC